GUGAGCUGCAGUCUUACGAAGCUUUCAAGACGUUUGAUCGGUGGUGCAGGAGGACAGACCAUUCCAGAAGAUUCUGUCUCAACAAAGCAGUGUCACGUGACCACACGGGGGGGUUUAGUUUCUGUGCAUUGCUCAGUUUGACCCAUUUCCUUUGUGAAAACGCUCUAGGCUCUCUACAGGACUGAGACCGUCUGAGAAGGACAGGAAGAAAAGCAGAAGCGAAGAGGGUGAUUUCGAAGCAUUUGUUUCCUGAAGCAGGCGUCAAUCGUGUCCUCACGCUGGGGAAGGCAAAACGGACACGUCUCAGUCCCUCCUGCCCUUUACAUUCUCUAACCUCUCAAGUCCUCCGGAGGAUCCGUCAACAGGCUUCCGUCAUGCACCUGAAAACCAUGAAGUGUAACCCUUUCUGCCUUAUUGCUUCCUUGGAGGAUCCGGAUAUGUUUAACAGACCUGAGCAGAGGGCGAGUUUUGAGGAUCUGUUCCGUGCCUUCGACCGAAACGUCACCUUCCAGUUCUUUAAGAGUUUUCGUCGGGUCAGAAUUAACUUCACCAAUGCUCUGGCUGCUGCAGAGGCAAGAGCAAAACUGCACAAAAGUGACUUCAAUGGCAGGGAAGUGCGACUCUAUUUUGCCCAGUCUGUGCAUAUUGGCAGUCCACACCUUGAACCUCCAAAACCAGAUAAGCAGUUCCUCCUGUCCCCUCCUCCGUCGCCCCCUGUUGGUUGGGAGCAGUCAAAGGAUGCCACACCUGUCAUUAACUAUGACCUUCUGUGUGCCAUUGCCAGACUAGGGCCAGGUGAAAAGUAUGAACUCCAACCAGGAACUCCCACCACUCCCAGCGUGGUUGUUCAUGUUUGUGAUAACAAUCAAGAAAGCUCAGGAAAUGAGGAGGAAAUGGAUGGAGGCAGACGUCCACGUCCAAAAAUCGUCCAGACCCGUCGACCAGAAUACAGUCCCUCUGUCAUGCAGUGAGCCUAGGGAAGCUCUCGUUGUGCCAUAAUCUUUGCUUUACUAUCACAGGACCCUCUGGGGAUCUGUCGUAGCAUGCAGUUGGUCCUCCUCACCAUUAGAGGACGCCUUAAGACAGAACCUCAGCUCUGUAGAGAGCGACAUAACGUAUAUGUCCACUAUCUCACAGGGCAAGGGGUUCAUUGCAUGCAUUCGAUGGUAGACUGACUCAUUCUUCUGCAGGCUGGGGGUUUUCAAGAGUGCUUUCAUUGGUAACUGUGGCCAUGGAGAACAUGAGUCUCCAAUUGUGUAGUGUUUUUUGUAUUUUGGGAAGCAUGUUGAAUCCCAGUCAGUGGGUGUGAUAAUAUGAUUAGUUUAUUUCUUUUAAGUUUAGCUUGAUAUUUUCAGGCUCUUAAUAAAUACUUGUGCAAGAUUACUGGAACCUGAACUAGAGUAAAGUCUGAUGAUGAAGUAAAUAUUUUUGUCAUAAAAUCUGGGGGGUGCUUUUCCCUUUCAUAUUGCAAUUAAUUGUAAGUCUCGUUCCACCAUGUGCCUCAGCAUGUUCCUAAAUUACGGAUGGCCAUUAAGUGCUCUCGUUUAAUUUUAUUUUUUGGUCUAGACAUAUACAGCUUAAAAUUUAGUUAUACGAGAGUCCAUUGUUUUAACGUUUUUAAUAAUAAUAAUAAUAAUAAAAAGACUCAAAAUGGCUCAAAGUAGUUGUUUAUCCAUUAGUAUGUACUGAAAGGCAUGGUCCUCAAUUUCAUGCACUUGGGAGUCAUUUGUAGGACCAUAACACUGUAAUUAGUUUUUGUUGGAAGACUGUUACACUCUUGACCAGGAUAAACACCAGUUGAUUUUUUUUAUUACAUUGACCUUAAUAAUGUAUUUCUGAUGCCUUUUACUGUUUGUUAUGUCUGUAUAUGAUGGUAUAUGCUGUUUUUUUUUUUUUUUUUUUUACUUAGUUUUGAAAAUGUCACUGACUUGGCAAUGGCUUGGGUGUUUGUCCUGUCAUACAUAAAUAACAGCCAUAACAUGUCAUUAAAAUGUUUUUUUUUCUUCAA